GAUCCUGAAUUAGAAACUAACUUUACUAUCACUGAAUUUAUUCCACGAAGUAUUAAAUAUAGGGGUCAGGAAUCAUUAUCUUCUCAUUUAACAUUUGAAACUUCACGAGGCUCAUUACAUCGUAGAUUAUAUAAAAAAGAUUUCCUAGAAGAGAUUGUCAAUGACGGUUGUAGUACACCUGAAUUAACUGAUUCUGAUCUAGAAUAG